AAUUAACAAUUUUUGUGGCUGCCAAAGAAACCUGUUGGACCUACUAAUUAUAAGUAACAACAAAAUUUUAAGCAUUUUAAUUCAUUUAUUUAAAGCGAUGGACACACCACGACGCGUUACACGCAACAUGCAUUUACAAAAUUUGCAAAAGUUUAGCACACCGCUGCGUAUACCGCCAUCGCCAUUUAUGAAGAAUCUCGGUUAUGGUACAGGCGUAAAUGUCUACAAAUUAGAACGUUCGCCGAAAUGUGGCCAAGUACGCUCACCUUGGGCUGUGAAACGUGUGUCGCAAAGGAUGCGUAAUAAUGAAAAUGCCAAUAUCUUUAACACACGCAUACAGGAGGAAGCAGAAAUUUUGAGAAAACUAAAGCAUCCUAAUAUUGUGGGUUUCCGUGGUAUUAUCAAAAAUACAGACGGUGUUGAAACAUUGGCGCUUGAAUGUUGCAAAACUUCGUUAGGAACUAUAUUAGAAGAUCGCAAUGAUGAUAACCUUGGACCUCUACCCGCAAAAUACAUUUUUAAAAUGAUUACUGAUGUAUCUAAUGCUCUAGAUUAUUUACAUACUGAAGCCAAUUUAUUGCAUGGUGAUUUGAAAUCGUUCAAUGUGCUGGUGAAAGGUGAUUUUGAAAUUUGUAAAUUGUGCGACUUUGGCGUGAGUUUACCACUAGAUGAUAAAGGAUUGAUAGAUUUCGCUAAAAAUCCGAAAUUACGUUAUGUUGGCACUAAUCUUUGGUCAGCACCUGAAAUAAUGGAUGAGUUGGAAGUAAUUGAUUGUAAAGCAGACAUUUUUAGUUUUGGAUUAAUCAUCUAUGAAACAAUUGCCUUGGCACCACCACACACUUUAGAUAUAGGUGAUGAAAAAGCCGAUGACGAGCCUAAUACCGAUAAAUCCAUCGAAAAUUGUUCUCUUAUAGAUUCGGAUUUUGAUGAGCGCACAGAUCGUGCUUGUGGUACACGUCCACCGUUGCCUCAAGCAUUUGAAUUAACAGAUGAUUAUAAUAUAAUAAUGGAAAUAUUUUAUUGUUGUACAAAUGAAUUAGCAGAAGACAGACCAACAGCAAAAACAAUAACGACUAUGUUGCAAAGUGACGAGGAUAGUUUUCUUGAAAAAGAAAGUCUCAAAAGUACUGCUUAAAAUAUGGCACAAGCAGGAAAUAUAAAAAUUUAAGUUUUAUUUUAACAUAACCUAGAUCUGGAAUUGGUAAUAAUAAUACUAGUAAACUUAUCAAGUUACUACAACUACGUAAAUUCACUUAUGUCGCUCAAUUGUGGAUUUGCUUUAACGAAAUUAUACAUUAACAACAAUACAUAAUAUUAUGCAAAAAGAUUAUAGCAAGUAAAUAAAAACAAUAAACCCAGAAAUAUAUCAUGGCCAAA